AACCGCGCGCGCGCAUCACUCGGUCCCGGGAGCCGCCCGACGUCCGAUUGGCUCCUCGUCCUCACGUGACUUCGGAAUGGCCGCUGCAGGUGGGGAAGGCUGCGGCAAGAAAAAGCUGAAGACCAAGGGUAAGACGGUGAGUCUCAAUGACUUCCUGGCAGAGGGGGGCGCACCAGCCCCUGCCAUGGUCAGGGCUCCCGUCAGCUGGGCUGAUGCCACCGAGGACUAUGAAACAGAUGAUUCCCCGGUGUGGCCCUCUGGGGACAACUCUCCAAAUCGGCGGCCUGUAAUUGACCGCUCCCAGCUCCCCACGGCUCCACGUGCUGCCCGCGGGGCUGGAAUUGAUACUAGCCGACUGCCCAGCAAACCACCGUACACCGCUUUCCUGGGAAACCUUCCAUACGAUGUCACGGAGGAGUCCAUUUUUGACUUCUUCAAAGGACUCAAGAUCAGUUCUGUCCGACUGCCACGAGAUGCGCUCAACCCAGAUCGGCUGAAGGGGUUUGGAUAUGCUGAGUUUGAUGAUAUAGAUUCACUUCUUUCUGGACUGGCUCUCAAUGAGGAGAGUUUACUCAAUAGGAAAAUUCGCGUGGAUUUGGCAGAUCAUGUACAGGAUAAAGAUCGUGAAGAGAGAUCAGGAUUUGGUGGAGGACGUGACCGCGACAGAGACUGGGCACGGGACUCUGGCAAAACAGACUCAUCCGACUGGCGUGUGAAGACGCCUGGCGAGGAGGAGGAAGCAGGCCCACGCAGAGGCCGUGACAGCUACUCGGAAUGGGGCCGAGAUGAGCGACGGGGAGGCGAACGGGGCGGCGAUCGAGGCGGCGAUCGUGGCGGUGACCGAGGUGGUGAUCGAGGUGGUGACCGAGGUGGUGACCGAGGCGGUGACCGGGAAGGUGGAGCUUUCGGGCCUCGACGAAACUACGAUCGUCCUUCGGACAGUGCCAGCUGGGGCUUCGAUAGGGAGUCGCGCGAUAAAGGUGGCGGCGGCAGCAGUGGCGGCGGCGCCUUUGAUGGUCCUCGAGACAGAGGCAGUGACCGAGAUGGCCCCCCCAGAGACCGGGGCUUUGACCGCGAUAGAGGCUUUGAUCGAGAUGGCCCUCCCAGGGAGCGCAGGGGCUUUGGCUUUGGCGGCCGAGACAGCUCUGGGGACAGGCGCAACGAAGAUCGCUAUGAGCGCAAGGAUGAAGAAAGACGGGGAGAUUCAGGGCCUGUCCAGCGCCCCAGGCUGGUGUUGCAGCCACGCACAGCACCCAAGGAAGAGGUGACGAAGGCCCCGGCUGCAGCCGGCUCGAGUGAACCCGUCAGCCGAGCGGCUUCCAUCUUUGGGGCGGCACGUCCCGUGGACACAACAGCUCGCGAGCGCGAGGUGGAGGCCAAACUUCUGCGUGAGCAGGAGCGGGGAGAUCGCCCACGCGGUGCUGACAGGCAGUCGAGUUGGCACACUGACCGGGAGGAGAGGUCUGAACCCAGACCAAGAGAAGAAGAAAGAAGAGAAGGUGACGCUGAUGACCGGGAGGACAGUGGAAGCGAGCCUAGGGAGGGCGGCCAGAGUGAACACGCUCGUGAAGUCACACCACCAAAGACACAGGCAGCGCCUCCACCCAAGGAGAAUGCCUGGGCUCGUGGUGCCAAUCCUCUGCGUUCUCCGGGCUCUGAUGGAGAUUUCAGUAAAGGCAACGUUCCACCCAAAAGUCCAACCAGCAAGGAAGAAAGUGGUGGCAGCAGUACCUCUUCAAAAGAUGGAGAUGAUGACAAGAAGGGGAGUGGGAGGGCGGCCUCUGCAGGUGCUCCUCCACCGGAGAACAAUGCCUGGGGCAAAAAAGAUGCGCCACCAGCUGAUGGCCGUAAAGAAGCUCGCAAGGACCGUGAUAAACCGGAACCUCGCAAGUAUGAGGAGCCACAGCCUCCUGUUUUCUCAUCAACUAGUAAGUUUGCAGCUCUGACGGUAGAAGGAGAGGAUGAAGACGAAGAUUGAGAGCUGGAGUUUUUUUGCGCCAACAUUUCAAUGGCCAAAUAUAACAGGGGGAAAAUUUAAAAAAAGAGAAAAAGGAAAAAGAGAAAAAUCGAGAAACAAUAAAUGAACAGUCAGGGCAAGCCAAUUCAUUGCUGCACAUCGCUUGGAGACUGCUUCUGACUCCAUGCUUUAUUAUUCAAUGUGAGUACAGGUAGUUAUAGUUAUUAAAAAAAACAAGUAGCUUGAAAGUGCUGCAGCUGUAUUGAGAUUAUAUUCGAAUAAUAUACAGUGUCUUUAAAAUUCUGGCAUUAAAUGAUGGAUGAUAUGAAUGCAAAUGGAAUGGAAUUUGAAGGUUUGCAUGGACUUUAUAAUUUGAUUAACUUUAACAGUGGGUUUUUGGCUACAGUGCUAAGAAGCAGUGGAUUUUAAACAUAGCAACUGGUUUUGAAGAUGCUUUAAGCACUGUAAUUGAGGUUACAGUAGAGCUUCAUUAUGGAAUCAGUAAGCAUCUUAUUCAUUGUGAAUAUGUUUUCUCGCCACCCUGAUUAGCAAAUUAUGUAAAUUAAGACACUUGGUGUGGUGAAAAUGUACUAAUUUCACAAUGGCGUUGUGAUGAGGUUCUACUGCAUUUUAACCGUCAUUCACCCAUUUUAAAUAGACUUUAUUUCAGUGGCAAUUUCCAGUAGGAAAAACGUAAUCGCAUAAAGUCGCUUUUAAACAAUGCUGCUUUUGACGUGCUUUUUUGGUCUGUCACGGUAGUGUGUUUAGGAAUUAAAAGCCCUGCCUUAAAAAAAUAUCGCUCGACAGCUGUAUUGGUUACGCUGCAUUCUCUUUUAAGUUUUCAACCUCAAACGAAAUAGUUUCGAAAUGUAUUGGCCCCCCCCUGUUAGGAUGCAACUUCAAAAAAUAAACUGCUUCUACAAUUUGGAAA